UAUCGGAGGUUCUGUUGGUCGGUAUGGCGCACCUGUGCGAGUGUCCUUUGCGUCUCCAAAAGGGUUUCAUCUUGGACGGGGUGGCCGUGAGCAACAUGGCUCGCAACUACGAGCAUUUGAAACCCAAGGUGUGGUCUGCGAUCCCUCCCUACAACCCGCAGCAGGACCGCCACGCCCACCGCUACUUUCGGAGCCGAGUGAUUCCUCCCGUGCUGCGGAGAACAGAGCAGGAUCAUGGUGGUACAGGAAGGGAUGGCUGGAUUGUGGAUUACUUCCACAUCUUUGGACAAGAACAGAGAUAUAUCAACAGGAGAAACUGGGCAGGGGCAGGACAUUCCCUCCAGCAGGUGUCUGGGCAUGACUACUACAAUUCUGAUCUGAAACCCAUCAAUGGAUUCAACGGUCAAUUUGGCUAUCGCCGGAACACCCCAGCUCUCCGCCAGCGCACCUCUGUCUUUGGUGAGGUCACCCAAUUCCCUCUCUUCUAGCAGCUGCAGCUCCCUGUCUCGCCUCUGGACUUGACUUUUUAAGACAGGAGAUAGGAGUAUACAUGUAUUCUCAAAAAUAUUUAAUACAAAAAAUGAAAUAUGUACCUCUAAA